GAGAUUGAUUGUCUCUGGAGACGACAAGAUCAGAAUAUUCCAAACGAAUCACGCAACAAAUACAUAAAAGAGUACUUCUACAUACCAAAUACAGUAAUUUGCAUUCGCAAUUCAAGCCUGUCGGAACGCCUCUCUCGGGUAUACUAGCACCUCGAUCAUGUCGACGCUUUCCUUCGCCUCUCAAUCUCGGCUGAGACGAAUCCCCCGGGCGUUGAAGAGAGUUUCUGCCAUCGCACUGCCGUCUGCGUCGCCGGCGUCUUCGGUGGAACGGACGAGUCGCAGGAUAUACCCUGUCGCCGCGAGGCACAAGUCUUCGUCGUCCGCAUCGAUUGCCGAUUAUUUGUUCCCGGAUUCGGUAAAGGAAUCCGUACAGGAAUCGGUAAAGACGUCUAUUCUAGAAAAAGUUACCAGGGACGAAAGCAAGGUCUGGACUUCCGGACCUUACAGCAAUGGCAAUAAAGGCUUGGGGGAAGGAAACGGAAAUCAAUUACACCAACACCAGCAUCCGAACGGCGGCGGCAGUUCGGUGGACGAACAAAUAUCGGCGUGGCACCACGACGAACUUGACGAUCUCUUACUCAACACAGAAACCACACAAUACUGGCCCGAUCUGCCACCCGGUGUUCGAAUGGACGCCGAUCCCUUUCAGCUAUCCAAGGGAGACGUCGACAGCCUUUCGGAAUCCAUCCGAGAGGAUUUGCUGGGAACAGAUCAUCCCGUUCUGAACCAAGCAGCAGCCUAUUUUUUCGGGGAUGCCGACGGAGGAAAAAAGGUCCGACCGCUCAUGGUCAUGCUCCUCUCGAGAGCGCUCGCGGACACCGUUGGCGGUGCCGCCGCUGCCCAGAAUGCCGAAAACGGCAAGAGUACCGAAAGCGCUCUGCCGCUCUUUGGCAACCAAACGAAUACGGUCUUCAGCAUGCCCCUUGAAUGGCAGCGCCAGGAUCUGCCACGGGCCCAGCGCCGGUUGGCAGAGAUAUCGGAAAUGAUCCACACGGCCUCGCUCUUUCACGACGACGUCAUCGAUGGAUCGGAAACGCGGCGGGGAGUUUCCGCCGUGCACAUGGUCUUUGGCAACAAGAUGGCCAUUCUGGCGGGCGACUACCUCCUGGCGAGAGCCUCUAUCUCGCUGGCGCGGUUGCGGCACGUAGAGGUCGUCGAGUGCAUGUCCACGAUCAUCGAACACCUGGUUCGGGGUGAGGUCAUGCAGAUGCGCGGCACGGUGAGUUCGGAGGGCGACCAGAACGAACGCAUGGUCUACUACCUGAAGAAAAAUUACUACAAGACGGGGAGUCUCAUGGCAAACAGCUGCAAGUCGGCGGCACUUCUCGCGGAAUGCCCACCGGAACUGGUGGUUGCCGCGUACAAGUACGGCAAACACGUGGGCAUGGCGUUUCAGCUGGUCGACGACGUCCUGGACUUCGAGGGCGACGUCAAGUCGAUGGGCAAGCCGGCCCUGGCCGAUCUGAAAGCGGGCCUGUCGACGGCGCCCGUCCUCUUUGCCGCCGAGGAGUACCCGCAGCUCGAGGCGAUGAUGGACCGCAAAUUCAAAGAAGACGGCGACGUGGAAACAUCGAGAGCGCUCGUCUUGCAGAGCCGGGGGAUCGAACGGACGAAGGAACUUGCGCGAGUUCACGCGGAACGCGCCAUGGAAGCCAUCCUUCCCUGGGAAGCCACCGAGCACCGCGAUGCCCUCAUAAACCUAGCCUAUAAGGUAGUCCAACGGACGACGUAGGCCAAUAUUGUGGCGAGGCUACUAGAGUUCCAUAGUACAAAUACUAAUAUGAAGAAUGUCAAAAUAGAACUAGCCAUCGACUGGACAAAGUUCCUUCUCGUUGUUGUAUCCGUCUGUUCGCUGUGCACAACAGUAGAAUUAUUACAUCUCAUUCUGCGCUGAAUGUUGGUGUAGUAGAUGCUUUUGGAACUCCUCCUGAUUGUGUUGUCCCUUUAUCCAUAUGUUUUCCUUUGUUGAGUCUUCCAAACAAAAAUAUUGGACUCAAAAAGCUUGAUUUCAAUAAACAUAACUAUUUAUG